AUGGGUCCUCAGGCACCAAAUAUUGCUGCUCAGACCGUCCUUUCGACACAAAAUGUCUCACUUCGAGUAGCGCUCAUGUUCUUCGGCCAACUCAUGGGCGCAGCUGUACUCGUUUCCGCUGGACAGAACGUGCCAGGCACGCAACUUGUACAGAGAUUUCCUGGGUUCGAGCCUAGUCCUAUCACCUCGAGUGGCGCCACAUCAUUUCUUAGCUCGCUUCCUGAGAAUCUACAGGAGACUGGCCUUGUAGAGUAUAAUGAAGCAUUGUGAAAGGUGUUUCAGAUUGGACUAUUAUUGUCCUGCCUUACAGCUCUUUGCACAUUGCUAUGCUGGAAGGAAAGAGUGUAAUCAAGAGGCCUAAUGCAGUCGCCGAUGACAUCCAUAACACCAGCAACGUUGGAGAGAAGGUGGCUGAUACAGAUGAAAGUGCUGCAUCAGAUCCUAGGCUGGCGGCAUAG